AUGAAGGUGCGAAGGUCCGACAAACGCAGUCACCAUCAAGGCGGUGGCACACAUCAACUCCACGGGAAUAAUGUCAGUGGCAGGCGUUCCCAAUCGAGUCCACCGCAAAUUCGAAGGAAGGUACAGAAAAAAGACCGUCCUCAAUACAUACCCUACUAUCGACGCUUUGACCGCCGCUUGAUGAGGUCAAGCUCAACGGGAACGUCACCGGAAGCGUCAGCGGACGAGCGCGAACUCGUCUUUCUUCCCCGACAACCCUCAAGACAACGUAUUCCCUCCCGAAGCAUUACGUAUAACUCGGACAGCACAGAGUCGAGCAGCGGUAUUGACAUAGAAAGUGCAUUGUCAUCUCGGGCAGCACGCGUUUCCGCCAGAACCUCGGAACUCAUGUACAGAGUACCCCAAAUCUGGAUGACCAGCGGACUUUUCACUGUGACGAGAGGAAAACAAAAAAUCAGCGAAUUUGUUGCCAAGUACUGGGCAGUGUACACUUCUAAUGUGAAGUUUUUCGUCGAUCACGUACGAACCUUAAAACACCCGGAUGUGACACGACAUACCUAUGCAACGACAUGGAAGACUGGUUCCACUUCACGUGUCAUUUACUUUACCGUAGACGUAUCUACAAUCAUACCAAGAAAACCUAUCCAAGUUGUUUGUUCUUUUCCAAAUGGCGAGAAACACAGGCCUGGGACUUCCGAGAGGUCCUUCAAGAGUUUCUUGAACGGGCUAUACUGGGCAAGGAUGCAGGAUGUCAACGAUUGAUAUUAUAAUAAGA